AUGUGGUACAAUCGCCUUAGCGAUUACUUACUUAAAGAAGGGUAUGUGAACAAUCAUAUUUGUCCAUGCAUUUUUACUAACAAAUCAGAAUCUGGUUUUGUUAUUGUUGCAGUAUAUGUUGAUGAUUUGAAUCUUGUGGGAACUUUGGAUGAGAUCGAAAAGACGGCCACUUAUUUAAAGAAAGAAUUCGAAAUGAAAGAUCUUGGAAAGACAAAAUUCUGCCUUGGGCUGCAGAUCAUUUUCGUCCUCAAGGAUGAUGAAGAACUCAUUGGUCCUGAAGUGCCCUAUCUUAGUGCGAUUGGUGCUCUUUUGUAUCUUGUAAAUUGCACAAGACCUGACAUAAUUUUUUCAGUCAAUUUAUUAGCAAGGUACAGUUCUGCACCAACCCGUAGACAUUGGAAUGGAAUCAAACACAUAUUGCGAUAUCUUCGUGGCACAACUGACAUGGGAUUAUUUUAUUCAAAAGCACCAAAUUCUCAAUUAAUUGGAUAUGCAGAUGCCGGCUAUCUGUUUGACCCACAAAAAACCUAUUCACAAACAGGAUAUACGUUUACUUGUGGCGACACAGCUAUAUCAUGGCGAUCUAUGAAACAGACAAUGAUUGCAACUUCUUCAAAUCAUUCUGAGAUACUCGCACUUCAUAAGGCAAGCAGGGAAUGCAUUUAA